CAAGUCUCGUUCUCACGAUUAACAAGUAGUACCGUCUUCGGUACCCGAUGGCGCCACAGGUUUCAGAGUUACUUUUUUCCUUCCCCCAUGUAUCCCCUGCCUUUGUUCUUCAUAACGUUUUUUGUGCUCAAAGGAGCCACAUCUCAGAGUAUAAGAAAUUAGUGUAAGAUGUCAAAAAGGAAAGCGGACAUAGAAGACAUGCAGAAGCAGAUGAGAAGUUUGCGGAAGAAACUGAAAAAGCUGACGAGGGCGGAAAGCGAAGAGGCUACGAAACCACGGGCGGCGACCGCGUCGCGUGCUGCAACCGAGGAGGUUAGGACACCACGCGGUCGAACCGCGCAGGGGACAGAACCCCCUGCAGAGGUUGUCUCGGAUAUGAAAAACAAAGUGUUUGCCGUCACGAGUGAAAAAUUAAGCACCGCGGACGAGACCGAAAAUGAGCCAAGAUCAAACUCCUCUACGUCAGAAGAGGGCUCAGACACCGAGCAGGAAAGUAGGACGGACAUAGAAAACACCGAGGAGAAUGCGGCAGAAACAAUAGUGAAGCUCAGCAACGAAACCCGAGAACGCCUGUGCCUAAAAGCAGAACCAGCUCAAUCGGAUAAUAUUGCCCUACACCCAGCAUUAAUCGCAGAAUGGAAUAUCUGGCUGCGCAAGGGCCUGUAUGAAGGAGACGAAGAGGAAGAUAAGAAGCGCGAGGAAAAGGAGAACGAAUUACGAGACGAAAUUAUGAAAAAAUUCCCAAGAAAGGGGGGCCUACAUGCAGAGGCCCCAAAAUUGAACCAAGAGAUCCUCGCCUAUAUGUCCAGUACGGCCAAAAACAGAGAUAAACAUUUCGUCUCUGCACAGAACGCCUUGGGUUCAGCAAUGAUAGCAGUGGCAAAGUCCAUUUCUCUAAUUCUGGAACUAGAAGAGGACGACAUUUCAAGCAUGCUCACGCACCUGUUAGGUAACGCAGGCAAGCUGUUAGCAGGCCUACACUACCAACACUCGGUUAUGCGAAGAGCCUUUAUACUUCCUGGCAUCGACGAGAAAUAUCGAGAGCUACUCAAAAAGUCAGAAAUAACGGAAGACUUAUUUGGGGAAGACUUAUUCAAAAGGCUAAAGCACACCAAAUCUCUAGAUAAGGUGGUAGAAGACCUCGCUCCGCGCCAGCACAGCAAAAGACCCUUGAAGACUCCUAAUUGGGGAAACAGGAAGAGCCUGCCGAUGAGACCCAGGGGCGUCGCGCAGCAGGCGAGGAAAGGAGCCCCUCAGAAAUCUCUGCGUUACAAGGACCGACAGAGAUACUCCCAAGGAAACAAACAUGCACUUUCAAGACCAACACGACAGAACCACCAUGCUCGCUAGAGGAGAGAAAGGUAGCCGGCCGCCUAAAGUUUUUCUUUCACAAAUGGGAAUCAGUGACGAAAAAUAAAUUCGUACUAAACUGCGUACGAGGCUACAAGAUUCGAUUCUCGGCACAACCUCGGCAGACAACAUUCCCAACGGCCCCCUUAAUGCACGGAUCCCAGACUUUCGAGGAUAUCAGAGGGGCAAUUAACAAUCUGUUACAAUUAGGAGCUAUUAGACGGUGUAGGCCGGAGGAACCUCAGUUUAUAUCCUCUUAUUUCCUAACCCCAAAAUCUGACGGGAGUUACAGAUUCGUAUUGAACUUAAGGAAGCUGAACGAAUUUAUUCGGACAAAGCACUUUAAAAUGGAAGAUGGCCGCACGGCGGAAAAAUUAAUCUCCAAUAACUGUUAUAUGGCAAAAUUAGACCUGGAAAAUGCAUAUUUUCUGAUCCCAGUAAACAAGAACUCCUCAAAAUAUCUUAGAUUUAUAUUUCAAGGUCAGUACUUCGAAUUCGUUUGUUUGCCUUUCGGCCUUAACGUAGCCCCUCUGAUAUUCACGAAGGUCAUGAGGCCGGUUGUAAACCAACUACGGAAAAAAGGGUUAUUGUCUAUUAUUUACCUUGACGACAUCCUACUUGUCGCUUCAUCUAGGCAGUCGUGUACAAAUAAUGUAACAGCGUCAAUCGAACUACUAGAACACUUAGGCUUCAUUAUAAAUUACAAUAAAAGCAGCCUCCAACCGAGUCAGAGAGUCGACUUCCUAGGCAUAACAUACGAUUCAAGGAAAA